AUGAAUUUAAUUGAACAAAUUUUGAACCAAAAUCCUCAUGUUCAUAUACACGAUGAUAAACGUGUAUAUGUUGAGGAAAUCAUUCAUUCAUUAAUUAAAGAUGGACGAAAUAUGUUACAUGUUGUAGCAGAUUUUGAUUUUACAUUAACAAUGUAUGAAAAAAAUGGAGUUCGUCUACCAUCAACAUUUGGUGUUAUUGAAUCAAGUGAUAUUAUCAAAUUACCUGAUGGUUCAUUACUUCGAGAUAAAUCGGAACAAUUACGUUUAAAAUAUCAUCCAAUUGAAAUUGAUGUUCAUAUGGAUGUUAAUGAAAAAAUACCUUAUAUGAUUGAAUGGUGGCGUUCAGCUCAAAAUCUCUUUGUUUUAUCAAAUUUAAACAAGUCUUUCUUACAUGAACUUGUUUUUCAAUCAAACAUGGAAUUAAAAAAAGGUGUUCGGGAGUUUAUAUUAGAUUUAUUAACUAGUGAAACUCCUAUUUUAAUAUUCUCAGCUGGUUUAGGUGAUAUUAUUGAGAUUUUCUUCGAAAAAGAAAUUCCUGAAUUUAAACAUAAUCAUAAAGCUUCACAUAUUGUUUCAAAUUUUAUUCGAUAUGAUACUGAUGGCAAACUUUUAACAUUUAAUGAUAAAUUAAUUCAUUCAUUUAAUAAAAAUGAACAUGAAAUUCAUGAUACAUCCUAUUUUCAAACAAUAUUAAAUCGUCCAAAUGUUAUUCUUCUAGGUGAUACACUUGGUGAUAUUGGUAUGAUAGGUGGAAUGAAAAAUUUAAAACAAAUAUUAAAAAUUGGUUAUUUAAAUCAUAGUACACCGGCGAAAUUAGAAGUUUAUAAAAAUGUUUAUGAUAUUGUUAUAUGUGAUGAUCAAACAUUUGAUGUCCCAAAUAGAAUUUUAAAAGCAAUUUAA